AUGUCGCCACCUCCUUCUGGUAUUGCGAGGCACAGGUUCUUGGAGGACACGCCGAAGGAUGAGGAGGCAGAGUUUGCCACAUGCCGAAAGCCGUAUGACGACUUCGAAGAGGACAUGGAUGACGACACGCAUGACAUUGACGAAUAUGAAGUGCAGGAUACUCGAGACGGUGAUUACUACAACGAGGACGACGAUGACUGCAUAGGCGAUGAUUAUGCUGAUGACGACUGGGAGUCCAGCUAUGGCUCGAGCGAAGCCGACUCCGACGACUACCGCAAGCUUUGGCCGGAUCCAUUCGACGAGGGCACCCAGGCCAGUCACCUUUCUUCAGCACCGUAG